UUUGUUGGACGCUCGCGAGAGGACAGAUGCUGAGGCUGUAACGUCGGAGAGAGAUUCACAUUCACACGGACUGGGAUGCGAGAGCCCGACGAGAUGGAGACCUUCAUCCAUCUUUACCUGAAUCUGAUCGAUCUUGGGAGUCAAGCCAAGAUGUGACCAUCACGGCGCGUCAUAGUUUGGAUCUGUCCUGCCUUUACAACACUUGUUUCUAUAGCAACAGAAAUAUCAGAGAAUCCUAAAAAGUCCCAUUCCCACAAUGCAGUCCUCUAGCUGCUCCUCUCAGCCUACAAAGCCGCGACGCUUUGACGUCAGCAGGCGGACCAAUCCCGUAGCUGGACCAAAGUCUCAUGGCCCUGGUUUCCAGAGGGAGGAUAAAAACAUGAACACGAUCACCACGUCCUCCCCACGGCGGGCUACUAAAGGCCCUGCUGCCCCCACCAGGACCAGGGUGGGAGUGCAGCCUCGAGCACCAGUAGCCCAGUCCAGGUUUGGCCCACAAAAACAGGCUUCCACCAUCUCCAAAUCAGCUAAGCCCAAACCCAAGAGUGCUCGUGCAUCUGCUGCAGCUAAAAUUGCGCCAGCAGCCGCCGCGCCUCCGCUCCCCUCAGCCCUGCCUCUUGACCCGAACUGCAACGAGCCGAGCCUCCCGUGUCUGUGCUGCGAUGGUCGCUCCCCGCAAGACAACAACAGCAUGUUCAACCAUAACCACAAUAACAACAACACCAUCUCUAUCAGGCAGCAACUGAAGCUACCGCCUCCUCCGGCCUUGUUGCCCCAGAGGCAGGAUGGGAAAGGGGCCAAGGAGCAGCCUCCCUCCCAAGCACAGGCCCAGCUGGAGUCCUCCGCCCGCCCUGCUGCCAGUCUGGAAAACGAAGGCAAGAAUGCUGACGCAAGUGCUGAUCUGGACAACAAGAAAAAUGUAAAAGUAGAGGAAGAAGAUGACGAGGAAGAGAGCAGUGGGGAUAUUGAUAUUGAUGAUGAUGAAGAGGAUGCUGACAAUGAUGAUGAUGACGACGAUGAUGAUGAUGACACCCUGGUUCCCUCAUGCUGUGACUGUCCCCCCUCCCUCCUGGAGUUCUCCCUCACCUCCUCUACCUCCUCGUCCUCCACAUCCAUCAGCUCCUGCUCUGAUCUGGAGUCUGACUGUGCAGAUCAAUCUGCCUCCAUGUGUUCGUCCAACGACCAAGAUAAUCUUUCUGUCGCUCUGUCCCCCAAAGACCAAGCCCCUGAUCGCCCGCCUCCUUCACGUUCACCCCCGUCUCUUCCUCUCAACCGCAAUCCCUUCAUCUUAACAUCACAUUCCCCAGUUGCCCCUGACUCCCCAGACGAGGGCUACCCCUCUGCCCUGGACUCCCCUUCCCCUGACUACUUAGGAGUCAAAGGUGAUUCUGAGGUCACCAAACUAGGUUUACUUGACUUUCUAGAAUCAGUCGGGGAGUUUGGGAAAAUGGAGCGCUUCAGCCAGGUGAUCCAAGUGGCCCGUUGGGAUCUGGAGGGGGAGCAACACUGGGAUGUUCUGAGGGAUCGGCUAGAUCACCUGGAUCGCCUGGAAAAGGUGAAUAGAGAAGUAAAACUGGCCUACAUUGCCAGACUCCACGAGAAGGGAUUUGAUCUUGGAGACCUAGAAGAGCAGGAUCUCUCAGACGUCAUGGAUGAAAUGGGCAACAUCGACAUUCCCUGGAAGUUGUAUAAAAGCGGCAGAGGGGCGAUGGGAGACUCUCAGGAGUUCUCAGAUGCGGGGGUCGACCUCACAGCUCCGUCAGACUGUGAGGAUCCUCUCGCUCCUGAUUCACUCACCCCUUCUCCUGUCGAGCCUCCGCCAAGACCCCCCAAACCUCCGGCGCGUCAUGCCAGCGUGAGCUCCGACCUCCAUACCUACAUCAAUAUCAGCAGGGAGACCACCUCCAUGGCUGUCUCCACCUCUCCUACAUUGUCUACUUUCUCCCCUAACUCCUCAUCCCCUACAUUCACCACUUUUAGAUGUGAGAAACCCCUUCCUCCAUCUCCACCCUCCAUUCCUCCUCUCCCCACCUCUAAACCGGUCCCUUACCUUACCCUUUAUACCACCCCCUCUCCUCCUCCAUCCAUCCCCACCCCGACUCCUCCCAUCCCUCCGCCUCGGAAGCGCCACCUUGCCAGAAAGGAGGCCCAGCGGCUCGCUGCUCUCCAAGCCCAACAUGAAAAGACCCCCCUCUCCCUUCCUCCUCCGACCACACGCCCCCCACCUCUGCCACCUCCGCCAGUUAUCUCAAUCUCCUCCUCAUCUCCCCCUGCCAUACCACCUCCACCUGCUCUGCCUCCUCCCCCCUCCUUCCACGCACUGGAUGUAGAAAUUCGGAAGCUACUGAUGCUUGCUGGAUUGACCCAAGCUGAGCUCCUCAAACUCAGCCCAGAGCUUGGAGUUUGUGUUGGAGGGUUAGAGGAUGAGGGAGAUGGAGAUCAUAUUAUCUCGUCCAGGUCUGGAGAGGAAUACGAGUUCAGACUAAAAGAGAGGGAGGAGGAUAAGGAAUGUGACACCGAGUUAAUGGUUAGAGACGGAUGGAGCAGCAGAGGCAAACUGGAAGGAGAUCGAAGAGCAGAUUUUGCAGCAGAAGGCAAUAAGAAAGAGGAGAGCACACAGAGAACCACCUCGUUCACUGAGAUGGCAAGGAGAAGGAAGAGGAGCAGCGGUGUGACCUCUGACCCUUACUACAGCACAGGUUUUAGCAAUACACAUGAAACUAAAGCAAAGAGCUUUGAGGCUUUCCGGUAUCCUAACGAGGUUCCAGAUUCACCUCCCCCUCCUCCCCCUCCUCGACCCCUGCCCCCAAUCCCCCCAUCUGUGCCACCCCACAAAGUCAGCACUCUGCUGGCUAACUCUGCACAGCCUGAGCGAUUUGAUUGGCUCAUAGCAUUCACACCUGACUGUGAAGGCCCACCAAAGCUUCCACCCGUGGCAAUGAGAAAAUCUGUCGUGGAAGCUCAAAAGAAGCUCAGUUCAUCGGGGUCGUCUCCAGGGUCAGCUCCUAAGGUUACAACAUUUAAAGAGAUGCGCAAUCGCAACAAGAGCGCCUCCCCACCAACAAAGGUGAUCACUGAUCCAGACCCUGACCCUAAUGUUAUCACUCCAGAUGCAGAUAUACUGUACAACCUGAGGUGGAGAAGGGAGAAGGCAGGCAGCGAUGGCAGCCAAUGGGAGUACACCUCUCAGGCGCAGGCCUUCUUCAUGCAGCCGCCACCGGCACUCACCUCGAUGGCCGCUCUGAAGGAAAUGCUCCAGAGAGCUGAUGAAGAGGGUAGACAACCAGAGCUGUGCCCAUCACAGAAGAUCGGCUGCUCAGUCAGUGACAGCAGCCUGUGGACCAUGGGCAGAGAGUGGGAGGGUGAAGAAGCUAAGAGGGAGGAAAAAGAAGGGAAAGAAGAAGAAGAGAAGGAGAAGGUGGAGGUGAGAGGACGAGCCGAUGGAGGAAGGACUUUUGAAUCGAGAACUACAGCUGUUCGCAGUGUCUCAUUCGCUGGCUCUGUACCGAGGACAGAGACGUCCUGGAUGGGCGAAGAUGUGAAACAUCCAAUGAGAGGUCUGGGCCUGUCCUCUAUGUGCCUGCAGGAAAAAAAAGCUCUGGUCAGUGCGGUCAGUGUGGCAGUGGAAGCCAUCUUGGCCCAGUUCAGCUCUUCUCGGACUGUCGUUCAGAAGUCUCUCUCAGUUAACAAGGCCUUAUCAGGAGACAGCACUAUAAAUCCAUCUCUGGGCCGUCUGGUGCUGCAGUGUCUCUGCCCUGCCCUGCACAGCUUGCUGACCGACGGCUUGAAACCACACCAGAGUGACCUGAUUGCAGGCAGGAGGCCAAAUUCUGCCUGGGGUCUGGUCCAGGCUUCAACCAGGCCAGGUCCUAAAACUCAAGCGCUGUUCAAUCUACAAGUUCGUGUUGGACAGCUGCCCCAGCUCAGACAGAGCAAACACAGGUUCAACGCAUUCCUCCUCGGCCUACUGAACACCAAGUUCCUUGAUUUCUGGCUGUCCCACCUCCAGUCCUGCAGUGAUGUGCUGGAGACGUAUUACCGCCCCACCUCCUUUAUGCGUCUGUCGAUGACCACCUGCCAGCCUCUGUUCGAGGAGCUGCUCCUCGUGUUGCAGCCUCUCAGCCUGCUGACCUUCAACCUCGACCUGCUCUUCCAGCACCACCACUUAGAGCCAGACAGUCUCAGUCCGGAGAUCCCCAGUCCACCUUGUCAGGAUGCUGGAUUCCAGCUUUCGACAGAGGGGUCCCAAUCCAAACCCACAGGCUGCAGAUAUAUCGAAAGCCUCUCGGAAGUAGACUUUGGGAGCCCAGAACAUCAGGCAGCGAAAGAAAAAUCAUCCCCGUUGUUUAAUCCAAAGAAUGGAGGAUCAGGAGAGUCAACACAAAGAGGUGCUGCACCCAUAAAGGCUUCAUCUACUCUCGGGCAGACAAGUCCUCAGCUGCUGUGGGUGCCGGAGAAGGAAAUUGGAGACUUACCUCCUCCUGAUGUCGAGGAGGACAGCCUCACUCAGCAGGCAGGACAGAUGAUCCAGCAGGGAUGGGGGGCUAUGAUCCGCUGGGGAGGCAGACUGAGUCACAACCUGUCUGAGAUGAGCGUGAAGAAGGAGGAGAUGAGGAUGAAUCUGCCCUCCCAAGCAGAAAGUGACUUUGCUCCGGUCAGCAGCGGUGCUCAGGUCCCCUGGGGUCUCGGGCGACUCUUCGGAGCCUCGAAAAGCCUCAGCAGCCCCCCAGUUCACACACCACCAACCAGGCGUCCCUCUCAGUGGCUGGCUCCUGGUGUCACUGCACUGACCCGAAUGGUGAGCAGCAACUCCACCCCAGUAAUAAGGAGGGCCCCGGAGCCCCUGGGAGAACGUGAGCCAGAGUCAGAGAAAGAGGCCGACACACUGGAGAUGAAGGACAAACCCAGACCCCUCAGGUCAGUACGAACGCUGUGCGACCACUCUGGAGCAGGUUCGGAGCUCAGCUUCUGCAAAGGGGAGGAACUGGUGGUGUUGGGAGGAGUCGAUCAGGACUGGAUUCGCUGUCGUCAGGGAGACAGAGAGGGGCUGGUACCUAUUGGCUACACCUCUCUCAUCAUGUGACUUCAGCACCCAUAACUGCUGCACUCAAUCAAUAAUAAAACAAAAUAAAAAAUAUAUAUAUAUAUUUUAGGUGAGUGUUGAGAGGUUACGGUGAGGCUCCACUACUCUGAAAGGGAUAUUUCACGCUUGCUCGAAUCGAGUUUGAGUCGAGCGCACAGCACCAUCUGUUCUGCUUUACGUGCAUCAGGAGCAAUCUGCAGCCCUCUCCCUUUAUGAACAUAUGGGAGUUUUUUUCCCCAUCACAAUCCAUCCAGUUUGGUAGCAUUAAACUAAUGGAUGUUAGCAGCAGGAAUGCAGCAGAUGGUGUGAAAUAAUGACUCAAGUCAAAUUUAGACCAUUUCGUACUGGAAGACCUUUGAUCUUGAGAGUGAAGUAUCCCUUUAAAAUGUCCUUUUCUCAAUUACUGCCUUCCUUGUCGGCCGCUGAUCUGAAAAUGAUCACAGGGGAAAUUCUGUGCUAUCUGAUUUGAGUGCUUUCAGAUCAGCGGCUGCCUGUCGUGAGGAGGCGACAGUCGACAGCCUGCUAGUAGCCACGUUGAUAUCUCUAGCCGUCAGCCGCAGAGAGACGCGGCUCGCAGGUUGUCGAGCGGAGAAAGCAUGCAAGAGUACUGGGCCGUAGCUCCUGUUGCAUACUGCGUAGUAAUGUAGUGAAUUGUAGCUGUGUAGAUCUGUGUUCUCUUGACCUUUCACCCCUAUUGACCUCUCACCUUUAUCGCCUGAUUCAUGUGUGUUCCUGCUAUUAUAUUUGACUGUAUAAAUAUACAUAAAAAAAAGAUAUAUAUAGGUAUAUAAAUUGAGAUUGAUAUUACCAAGAUAGAUAGAAAGAUAGAUGAACAAGAGAAAGCAGAUAGUAAAAACACAAGCAGCAGCUUAAUACUGUGGCCACAUUGAGGAAGUGGAUGAUUAAAAAUUCUAAAUCUUUACGUCUGCAACUUUACAUUAAGUGGUUGUCAUACAUGCAACAAAAAAAAAGGUAUAUGUGUUUGUUUUAAGUAUGAAAUCCAGUAUCUUCCCUCAUGUGUGCUUCAUGUAUUGUCUUUGACAUCAUAUUCAUAAAAUGAUUAGAUUUAGCUUCAUACCUUAAACACUGUAUGCAUUGUAAUGUGCCAUGAAUGCUUUGAAUGAAUGCCAGAAAAUAUCUAUAUAUCCAUCCCACGCAGUUUUAAAAAAUAAUAUCAGACAACAGCAAUCUGUAGCUAAUCUCUCAGCUCGUCUCAAUCCUCACAGGGCCAACACAUGUCAGAGAAAACACCUCAGCUCAGCUCUUGUUCAACACUAUCUGACCUUAAACUUAAUGCAGUGAGAAAAUCCCAGAUGUAUGUAAUUCAUAAAUGCUACUGUAAAGUCUGUAGGUUUGGUGGCUGGUCUUCACCUCGUACCUCAGCUUUUGUAUUAAUCCCAACCCUCCCCGCCAUGUUUGCUCAUCAUAAUCAUUGCUAUUAAUGAUAGUGGUAGUAGAAGUGGUCGUGGUGGAAGUGAUUUGUUUAUUCUAAUGUUGCUUUGUGUCAUAUAUUUAUCAGUUAUUCUCUAGAUUCUGUAUUGAUGACUAUGCAUAUGUUUAAAUGUACAGUGGAAAAGCCCUUUUGUUUGUUUUAAAGUCAUGUUUUUUUAUUUUAUUUGAUGUCGACACCUGAAGCCUAAAACAAUAGCUUAAAUAGUUCAUAUAAGGCGGAUUUUAACUGACACUAAAAGACCUCCAAGUAAUUCAGCUGGAAAGUUUUAAUCGCUGUUGAUCAAUCAGGGAAAGUUUCCUCGUGUUAUUGUGUCAAUGCCAUGUAGCAUGACAUUACCGUCACAAUGGCAACUGUCCGGUAGCAUUAAGUUGAACCAGUGCUCAUAACUUGUAACUUAUGAGCACGAUAAAAUGCCAUCAAAUGGAUGAUGAGAAAUAAUAUCUAGAUAAAGAUAGAAUAUCGCUUGACACAUUCAAUUGUGUUCAUGUUUUUUGUUUUGUUCAUUUGUGUGGUUAUAAUCUAAAUGCAUUUGUUUUGAAGGCUGUUAAUUUAUUGGAUGUACUAUUUAUUGAUCUUGAGGUUUCUGAAAGGAAAAGCUCUAUCUGACCCAUCUAGUGUCUCUCUAUCUAUCUCUCUAUCUGGGUUCUUUAUGUAUGUGUGUGUGUGUGUGUGCGUGUGUGUGUGUGCGUGUGUGUGUGUGUGUGUGUGUGUGUGUGUGUGUGUGCGCGUGUGCGUGCACAUGGCAGGGUAUGUGGCAGUGAAAGCAGAGUGUGAGCACAGCGGUGUGUCUGCACAUCCUGCACUUUCACUUGUGUGUAAGUGUAACAAUGAGCUCUGUACCUCCCUCUCCUGCUCCUCUUUCUCUCUCUGGUGUCAUGUAGCCUGUAGACAUCCCUGUGUCCUACUAUUGCAUAUAGUUCAGUGCCCCUCUAGUGUCAGUCACUGUCCACCUCCUGCAUGUGCUUGUUUGUAAAUACACCAAAUAAAAUGAUCAGUAUAAACCAAA